AAAUCGAAUCGUUGAAUAGAACGGACGGAGUGCGUUGCUGUGCGUGUGCGCUUUUUCGCUAAUCUUUCGCUUGGCUUUCGAUUGCACUGCUGAAAAACCGUGAACUCACCGUGAACAAAGUGUGAACAUUGGAUUAUUGUAUGAAUUAAGUUAUCGAGACCUCGCUACCCGUUUGCAAAUUGCUGCAGCAAUAUUCAGUUCAGUGAACAAGUCCGCGCGUCGUCUUCCGUGUGAGCGUGUGUGCCUGUGUGUGCAAUUGUCGUCUGUCUUUCCCGUGCUCUGUUACCGGUUUUUUUUUGUCUUCUGUUGGCGUUUGUGCAGGAAUCGAGCGGAAAUCCGUUAACACAAAGAGAAAAAGCUAAAUAGAAUUGAAACAAAAAAUGUCACUGCAAGUUUCGAACCAAACCACAUCCGGACGUCGUACGCCGCAGGUGUACCAGGGAUUCGGCAACAUGCCUGCCGGUGCAACGACGACACCGACCGCCACUAACGGCAGCGGUACGACCGGUGCUGGCGGAUCGGUUGGCCGGGCGGCAAAGGGUGGCGGCGCUAAGCAAUCACAGAUACCGGUCGCGAUCGGUAGCGGCGGUGGCUUCGGUACACCCGGCAACGAUGGAUCCGUACCACAGACGGCCGUGGUAUAUCCUGGCACUGCCGGGGCUACCGAUGGGUCGUCCGGGCAGAAGCAGGUCCAGUCGGACCAUAUGUAUGGCAUGAAGCAGCAGCAGCAGCAGCAGCAGCAACCAGCCGCUUCAGCAAAUAGCGCUACGAACCGGUCCGCCACAAACGGUUCCCAGCUGGCCGCAAGCGUUGAGAAGAAUGGAACCUCGCAACGAAAGAACUCCACUGGGGAGGGCGGUGCCAAGAAGACAGAAUCGGCAGCCGCAUCGCAGCAACAGCAGCAGCAGCCUUCAGUUCCAGCUGCCGAAGGCACUGCAAAGGUACGCGACAGCCCUCGAUCAAGUGGUCGCGCACAGCAGAAACAAACGGUGGAAGAAGCGGCACCGGCCAACAAAACGAUGGAAACGCAACAGCAACCGAAAUCGGAAAAGACUACUAAUCUGGAAAGCUCGCUGCUGACGGAGAAAACCCUCAAAGGAUUCGGUUCCGAUGGUGAGGAGAUGGAAUCGCUGCUGCUGGAACCGUGGGAUAUGGAGGAGGGUUCCACCACGCCUUCCCGCUCGAGCGCCGCCAAGUCGAAGCUGCCGAAAGCCGCCCCACAAGCGCAGGCCCGUGUCAGUCCGUUCAAGGCGAGCGGAAAGACACAGCCGAAACCGAGCGGCGGCACUGCUACUACCGAGCCGGAACAAACGGCUGGCUCACCGAACAAGAAGACCGCUGCUGCUGCUGCUGGCGAUGAGUCGGAGAAGAAUCGCUCGCCGAAAGUGGACGCACCAUCGACACCGACCGCUGGCGAAUCGCUGAUUGGGCGACCGCUCCGUUCCAUCUCCGGUCGCCGCUCGACGCGCCCGAUCAGCGACAUCAAGUUCACGCAUCCGCGUCGCUCGACCGCCGACCCGCACAACGAUUCCAUCUCCAGCAUGAACGUAACGGUCGGUUCGGAAAUUGGCAGCGACAGUAUGCUGCUCCGUACGCCGGGAUCGGCCACCCGCAAGCGCAAGGACAUGACGCCCGAAUCGACCUCGGACGAGCCGGUCAUCGAUAGUCCGAAGCGUGCUCGGCUCGAUUUCAGCGGCUUCCUCGGCAUGGUGGCCACCCCGGUGACGAUGCUGAAGAACCGGCUGUCGCGCGUCAAGCUGCAAAGUACACCCCGCGCACUGGCCGUCGACGAGGAGGACGCGUCGAAGGUGGUCACCGCCGAGGCUACCACCACCACGGCCAGCGUCACGCCCCAGAAGGAAGCAGAUGGUGUCGGCGCGAUGGACGUUGACGUUGUUGCUGGCAAGGGAGCGGAAAAGAGCGACGAUGCCACGGCGCCAGUUGCUGACGGCCAGAAGGAGGGCGCCGAGGGACAGCAGCAGCAACAGCAGGAAUCUUCCUCGUCCGUCGCCGAAGAUGAUGAGGUCGAGGUGAAGAUCGUCACCGAUCAACCGCAGCAGCCGAAACAGUGGUGUAGUAUUAUGUAAGGCGGCAGUAGCGCACGGGCAUAAUCCAUCGGAACAUCGGCACAGCACACCACGUGGUCGGGCGGCGAUUUCCUUUGCGGUGUAUCUCCCGCCCAGCACGCACCUCGUCCUUCGCAAUGAAUCCAUCUCGCUCACCGUGUUUCUCGGUUCGGGAUGGUUGGUGUGUAUCGCAUUUGUAUUUGUUGUGUCUUCUGUGUGUCCCUUCCCCAAUCUCAGUCCCAAUCCUCUAUUUCCUGGAUUUUAAUGGCCAAGUUCGCGCGUAAACAAGAACAUACAUCCGGUAACAAUAAUCACAAUUACACCGCAGAGAGAGAAAGAGGGGUUUGUCACAAAACUGCUGCUAACGGUUUGCUGUUUAUCAACAUAUUCUUUUAUUUACAUGUAGAAGUAGCAUGUAUAUUUUUUUUCAACUAGCUGUUUGUUUUCACUACAUUAGUUUGUUAGGAGCAAUGAGCCCCCGUCAAUUCAGUUGUUCGUGUUUUCUUUCUACUGCAAACUCGUAACAUUUCUGAUAGAGUGAUAGAUCUCUACUCGUAAAGAAGCAGUUUCGUUGCGUUAGCUCACAGUGUUUUGGUAAACAUUCUUAUUUUGAGAAAAACGGAAAACGGAAACAACAAAAAAUAUUGAAAGAGCAAUUAGCACGUAAAAAAAAGAAAAAAAGCAUUUGAAGGAAUUAGUUAUCAAAACAAACCAUACACACGAUGUUUGCAAAAAUAAUAUUGGUACAAAGGGAUUGGGACACACUGGUUCAACGAUGAAAUUGGAUGAUAAUUAUAGAUGCUAUAUAUGUAUACAUGUUCUUCGGCGGCUCAGAAUCAUAAAACAGGAACCAGAAAUAUUUUAGGAAGGCGCGUAGGUAGUAGCAGAUUAGAGAGAAAACGAUUUUGCGUUUUUGUUUUUAUCAGAUAAACAGCAAUGCAUGCAAACUUGUGGCAGUAGACAAAAACCACCCGCCCAAAAAAUACAACCGAAUGCUCAAAAUAAACAAAACCUUGUAGCGUAACAGA